UUUAAGAAUGUUGAAUAUUGGCCCCCACUUUCUUCUGGCUUGUAGUGUUUCUGCUGAGAGAUCUGCUGUGAGUCUGAUGGGCUUCCCUUUGUGGGUGACCCGACCUUUCUCUCUGGCUGCCCUUAGUAUUCUCUCCUUUAUUUCAACCCUGUUGAAUCUGACGAUUAUGUGCCUUGGGGUUGCUCUUCUUGCGGAAUAUCUUUGUGGUGUUCUCUGUAUUUCCUGCAAUUGAGUGUUGGCCUGUCUUGCUAGGUGGGGGAAAUUUUCCUGGAUGAUGUCCUGAAGAGUAUUUUCCAGCUGGGAUUCAUUCUCUUCGUCCCCUUCUGGUACACCUAUCAAACGUAGGUUAGGUCUUUUUACAUAGUCCCACAUUUCUUGGAGACUUUGUUCAUUCCUUUUUGCACUUUUUUCUCUAAUCUUGGUUUCUCGUUUAUUUCAUUGAGUUGGUCUUCGACUUCAGAUAUUCUUUCUUCUGCUUGGUCAGUUCGGCUAUUGAAACUUGUGCAUGCUUCGUGAAGUUCUCAUAUUGUGUUUCUCAGCUCCUUUAAUUCAUUCAUAUUCCUCUCUAAGUUAUCCAUUCUUGUUAUCAUUUCCUCAAAUCUUUUUUCAAAUCUUUUCUCAAGGUUCUUAGUUUCUUUGCAUUGAUUUAAUACAUGAUAUUUUAGCUCACAAAAGUUUCUCAUUAUCCAUCUUCUGAAGUCUAAUUCCGUCAUUUCAUCACAGUCAUUCUCCGUCCAGCUUUGUUCCCUUGCUGGUGAGGAGUUUUGGUCCUUUCUAGGAGGCGAGGUGUUCCGGUUUCGGGGGGGUGUUUUCUCCUUUUUGCGCUGGUUUCUUCCCAUCUUUGUGGAUUUGUCCGCUGGUCGUCUGUGUAGUUGCUGACUUUUCGAUUGGGUCUCUGAGUGGACACCCUGAAUGUUGAUGAUGAAGUAUUUCUGUUGCUUGGUUUUCCUUCUACCAGUCUAGCCCCUUCGCUGUACGAGUGCUGAGGUCCGCUCCAGACCCUGCUUGUCUGGGGUGCACCUCUAGCAGCUGUGGCACAGCGAGGGAUGCUACCAGUUUCUUUUUCUGCUAUCUUUGUCCCAGGAUGAUGCCUGCCUAAUGUCAGUCUUUUGGAUAUAGAGGGGUCAGGGAGCUGCUUGAGGAGGCAGUUUGUACUUUAUAGGGGUUUAAUUGCUGAGCUGUGAGCUGUGUUGUUCAUUCAGGGCUGUUAGGCUGCUAUGUUUGAUUCUGCUGCAACAGAGCUCAUUAAAAAAACCCUUUUUUUUUCUCAAAUGCUGUGUUGAGGGGUUUGGGCUUUAUUUUUAGAUGUCCGUUGAGGUCCUGCCCAACUAGGAUGCAGACUAGCCACUGUUUGCCUUCCGAGGCUCCGCCCUGCUGUUGUGAGGCUCGCCCCGGCACCGCUGUUCUGCUGUUCUCCACCACGCCCUGCGGUGGAGUCUCUCUGUUGUAGCGGGUUGCCUCGGUGACGGCAGGCUGCGUCAGCAGUGGGCGUGUAUCUCAGUAGGGACGGGUUGCCUCGGCAACAGCUGGCUGCGUCAGCAAUGGGCGUGUAUCUCAGUUGGGGCGGGUUACCCCGGUAAUGGUGGCCGCCCCCCCCCAGAGCGUCUCGGGCCGUCUGCACGGGGCUUGUUUGAAAUCGCGGUUUUGUUCGUCCCACUGGGCCAAUCCUAAUGCUCUGUUCCUGCAAUCCCUUGGGCUGGCCCACUGUUCAAGUCUAGCUCAGUCUCACGUCCAGCCCUCUCACAUCUCCAGUUGCCGGGUCAACGGGGCACCUGGACAAGUGCACCCUGUGGGGAGCGCUGGGUAGGGCCGUCCGCCACCACCCUGGCUGCCGGCUUCUCCAGGCAUAAUAUCUGCCUGGCGUCCCGCGUCUCCUCUUCACUUGGGAAUUUCCCCAUUCCGUGAGUAACAAAGAUCAGUCUGGAAAUGCAGCUCAGACUCACCUCUCCGCAGACACAAUGAGAACUCCAAUCCUGGGUUGUUCUCACAGCGCCAUCUUGAGUCCCUCUGCACAGGUUUUAACAGUCGAAUUGAUCAAGCAGAAGAAAGGAUAUCAGAAGUUGAAGACCAACUUAAUGAAAUGAAAUGAGAAGACAAGAUUAGAGAAGAAAGAGUAAAAAGGAAUGAGCAAAGUCUGCAAGAAAUAUGGGACUAUGUGAAAAGACCUAAUUUACAUUUGAUAGGUGUACCUGAAUGUCAUCAAGAGAAUGAAUCCAAGCUGGAAAAUAUUCUUCAGGAUAUUAUUCAGGAAAACUUUUCUAACCUAGUAAGGCAGGACAGUUUUCAACUUCAGGUAAUACAGAGAACACCACAAGGAUGUUCCUCAAGUAGAGCAACCCUAAGGCACAUAAUCGUUAGAUUCACCAGGGUUGAAAUAAAGGAGAAAAUUCUAAGGGCAGCUAGAGAGAAAGGCCGGGUAACCCAUAAAGGGAAGCCUAUCAGACUCACAGCAGAUCUCUCAGCUGAAACCCUACAAACUAGAAGAAAGUAGAGGUCAAUAUUUCAUAUCCUCAAAGAAAAGAAUUUUCAACCCAGAAUCUCAUAUCCAGCCAAACUAAGCUUCAUAAAUGGAGGAAAAAUAAAAUUUUUUGCAAACCAGCAAGCACUCAGAGAUUUUGUCACCACCAGGCCUGCUUUACAAGAGCUUCUGAAAGAAGCACUAUACACAGAAAGGAUCAACCAGUAUCAGUCAUCCCAAAAAUUUACCAAAAGGUAAAGAGUAUCUCCAUAAUGAAGAAUCUAUAUCAACUAAUGGGCAAAAUAGCCAGCGAGCAUUAAACAACAUUAAACUCACAAAUAUCAAUAUUAAUCCUAAAUUUAAAUGGAUUAAAUGCCUGAAUCAAAGACACAGACAGGCAAAUUGAAUAAAAAGUCAAAACUCAUUGGUACACUGUAUCCAGAUCCACAUCAUAAGCAAAGACACACAAGAACUCAAAACAAAGGGUUGGUGGAUGACUUAUCAAUCAAAUAGAAAGCAAAAAAAAAAAAAAAAACAGGAGCUGUAACUUUUGUCUCUGACAAAAUAGACUUUAACAGUAACAAAUAUUAAAACAAACAAAGAAGGCUGGGCGUGGUGGCUCAUGCAUAUAAUCCCAGAACUUUGGGAGGCCAAGGCAGGUGGAUCACGAGGUCAAGAGAUUGAGACCAUCCUGGUCAACAAGGUGAAACCCCGUCUCUACUAAAAAUACAAAAAUUAGCUGGGCAUGGUGGUGCGUGCCUGUAGUCCCAGCUACUUGGGAGGAUGAGGCAGGAGAAUUGCUUGAACCCAGGAGGCAGAGGUUGCGGUGAGCUGAGAUCAUGCCAUUGCACUCCAGCCUGGGUAACAACAGUGAAACUCUGUCGAAAGAAAGAAGAAAGAAGAAAGAAAGAAAAGAAAGAAAGAAAGAAAGAAAGAAAGAAAGAAAGAAAGAAAGAAAGAAAGAAAGAAAGACAUUACAUAAUGGCAAAAGGAUCAAUGCUACAACAGGAAUCAAUGAUCAUAAAUAUAUAUGCACCCAAUAUAGGAACACCCAGAUACAUAAGACAAGUUCUUGAUGACUUGUAAAGAGACUUGGACUUCAGCACAAUAAUAGGGGGAGACUUUGACACCACAUUGUUAAUAUUCGACGGAUCAAUGAGAUAGAAAAUUAACAGGGACAUCUAUGAUUCGAACUCAGACCUGGAACAAGUAAACUCAGUGAAUAUUUAUAGAAUUCUUUACCCCAGGUCCACAGAACAUACAUUUUUCUCAGUAUCACAUUACACCUAUUUUGAAAGUGACCACAUAAUUGGAAGCAAAUCACUCUUCAGCAUUGCAUAGCAUUUCACAGACUUAAAUGAAAUAUUGGUUGGCUGGGUUUUUUGUUGUUGUUGUUAUUUUCUUCCCUUAUUUCUUCCUGUCUCCACUGUUAAGCACAAUUGUCGGCAUAAAGGAGGUUUGUGUUACCUAUUUUUGGAUUGCAUUCCAGCCUGGGCAAUAGAGUAAGACUCUUGUUCUCUCUCCCACUUUCUCUUUCUUUCUUUCUUAAAAAAAAAAAAAAAAGAUGUCCACUGUUAGUCUGAUGGGCUUCCCUUUGGAGGUAGGUAACCUGGCCUUUCUCUUUGGCUGCCCUUAACAUUUUUUCUUUCAUUUAGACCUUUGAGAAUCUGAUGUUUACGUGAUUUUGGGAAUUAUAUUCUCAUGAAGUAUCUUCCUGGUGUUCUCUGCAUUUACUGAAUGUGAAAGUUGGCCUGUCUUGCUACCUUGGGGAAGUUGUCCUGCAUGAUAUCUUGAAGUAUGUUUUCAAACUUGGUUCCAUUCUCCCCAUCUACUACAGGUACCCUAAUCAUUCAUUUAUUCAGUCUCUUUACAUAAUCUCAUAUUUCUUUGAGGUUUUCAUUAUUACUUUUGAUUCUUUUUUCUCUAGUCUUAUCUACUUAUCUUAUUGCAGAAAGAUAGAUAGUCUUCAAGCUCUGAGAUUUUUUUCCUUUUUGUGGUCUAUUCUGCUACUAAUACUUGUGAUUGCAUUCUGAAGUUGUCAUAGUGUGUUUUUCAGCUCUAACAGGUCAGUUAUGGUCCUCUCUAAACUGGCUGUUCUGACUUUCAGCUACUGUAUUGUUUUAUCAUAAUUCUUAGCUUCUUUGCAUUGGGUUACUACAUGUUCCAUUACUUCAGCAAAGUUUGGCAUUACCCACCUUCUGAAGCCUAAUUCUGUAAUUUCAGCUAUCUCAGCCUCAGCCUGGACCUGAGCCCUUGCUGAAGAGGCGUUGCGGUCAUCUGGAAUAAAGGGGCACUCUGGCUUUUUGAGUUUUCAGUGUUUUUUCAUUGGUUCUUUCUUAUAUUUCUGGGCUUAUAUACCUUUAAUCUUCAAGGUUGCUCUCUUUUUGAUGGAGUUUUUGUGUUUGUUGUUGUUUUCUAUUUGUUUGUUUUUCUUUUAACAGUCUGGCUACUAUUCUGCAGGGCUGCUUUGGUUUGCUGCGGAUCUAUUCCAGACCCUAGUUGCCUCAGUUUCUCCCAUACCACUUUCCUUGGCUGUAAGUGUGGGUUUCCUUGGCUCUAUGUUUCUCUCAGCUAGGCUAUUGUUCCACUCUGUUUUGAUUUCUUCUCCAUGUGUCAAAUUGUUUGCCUAAUCAUUCCCAAUGUGAGAGCCUGGAUAUUUCAGUUGAAGGUGCUGUAUUUACACUCCUCUUUUAUUCGUCACCAUGAGUGCCAUGAACAACAGUUGCUUCUAAUUGGCCAUCUUGGCCCCCUUCCCCAGUGUCUCUUUAUAAUAGAACUAAUCAAGCAGAUAACUGGAGCCCUGACACCAACACAAAUUACUUUUAUUCACCCGACCUUGCCAGAAUCCAAAACAAUCUUUGGAAAGGCUUCUCUCAGGGGUUCAAGCCUCACAGUUCAAAUGAAAUUUAUAAUUUUUUGUGCUAUAUACAUUCCUAACUCAACAAGAUUGCAAUUGAAACUUUACUGACUGACAGGUUAGAGUUUUGUUUCUGUUUCUUUAGAAAUUCUGCUAACUGUACAUUUGUAACUUUUACUUUCCCAUGAGGUUAAGAUUUUGUUUUGAAUUACUCGUAGUUUGUAUAAUAUUUUCCCUUAUUUAAAAUUUUGGUCAAGGAGAAGACAGUUUCUCUUUGAAAGAUGUAAGUGAAUCUUUGUGGUUUAAGCAAAUCUGUAAUCUUUAAAAUUGGCCAUAUUCUGAAGCUUGGUUCUAUUGAAAAAUCUAAACUUUCUUCUUAAGUGAACAGAAUGCUCUUUAUGAGGAAAAUCAUAAGUCACCAAAAUGAGAGACACUGUUUCUCCUGGCCAAAAGGCACCUUAGGUGAUCGAGUUCUUGUGGAAGUGUUCGAGCUCAAUGCUUGUGAUGUGAAAUAGUCUCAUAAGUAAUCCCUUCAGUAGAUUAUAUAGAAAACCUUAUUUAAUAUGGUGGGCAUGAAUAAAGGCUGAUUAUCUUGUGCAUUAAGCGCCCAAGUUUCUUGGGAUAUCAAGACACAAAAAGAGAAGGAACUGACUCUAUUUCCUUGAGGAGCUAUUUCUGGAGGCAGCACACUCAAUCCAAGACACCUCCAUCUAAAUCUUUUGGUCAUUAAAGAGGUAAAUCUAAAUUAUGGGCAGCUGUCCAUCUAAAACCUAGACUUCCUCCUUAAGGAGAGAUCCUCCACUAGAAAUAUCAGCUAGAUUCAUAUUUAAUACUUAUGGUGCCUCUUCAUGUAAGUACUUAGAAAACUAGUCAUGCAUAAUUUGCAAUAAUCCCAAAUCAUAGUGGCCAAAAUGGAAUGCCUUUGAAAGACUUAAACUAGCAUAUUUGCUCAAUUAGAUAAAACCAGCCCUAAAAAAAUAACAAUAAUUGACACAGAUAUUUCCAAUUGUACUUAGAAGCAUCUAAAAGAGGUCUGAUAAAGUCUUUGCAGAAAGAAAAAAAAUUGUCUAAAACAAUUUCUGAAUUGAAAAGACUAUUGAAAUUUAUUCUCCUCCGUCAGCUGAUGCUUCGCUUUGUCCUCCAUUGUCAAAACUUUUCUGUCUGGACUUAUUCCCCUUUUGCCUCCUCUUUCUUCUUCUGCUUUUCUGACUUUAUUUCAGGAACACCUGCAUCCAGUAGAAGAGAACUUACCUUGAUUUAUCAACCAUGGUUAAAAGUAGAACUUAAAAAUGUACUUAAAAAUUAUCUGAUUCUCUUCAUAACCCUACUAGAUUUAAUAAAGAUUUUGAUUUAAACAUUUAAGUUUAAGAUUCGGAUUAUCUGAUUUUUUUUUAUUAAGAUGGAGUCUUACUCUAUUCCCCAUACUGAAGUGCAGUGGCACAAUCUUGGCUCACUGCAACAUCUGCCUCCCAGGAUAAAGCUAUUCUCCUGCCUCAGUCUCCCAAUAGUUGGGAUUACAGUUGCUAAUUUUUUUGUAAUUUUAGUAGAAUUGGUGUUUCACCAUGUUGGUCAGGCUGGUCUUGAACUCCUAACCUCAGGUUAUCAACCUACCUCAGCCUCCCAAAGUGCUGGAAUUACAGGCGUGAGCCACUGCACCAGACCUAAUUAUCUGACUUAUGUUAGUUGGUUUACAUGUUAGUAUCAGAAAGUAAAGCCAAAGAUUGGUUUGCAAAGACAAACUGGGAAAAUUUUUUAGAGGACUUACAUAACGUUUCUGAAGCAAAUAAUGAAUGAGCCCACAGUACUGUCAAAGCUUUACUAGACACUAUCCCUUUAGUUUUACAAAAAGUGACUGAUUAGAACAAAAUUAAACAAUGCUGACAGAAUAUUGAUAAGCCUAUGAUGUCAUACUAUGAAAAAUUUGAAAAGAUGUUUAAGCAAUAUUUAUGCUUAUCCGAAGAAAUUCAUGCCAACCGCCAAAUGAUGCUCUCCUUAACUCCUUAACUCCAACUUUGUUUUUAAAAUAGAUAAGUAAUUGGUAAUUACAAUAAAGAGACAAUCCCCCAGUUGGUCUACGUCUCAAACUCAUGGCAUAGUUAAUUUUAACAAUCAAAUUUUUCAUACUCUGACUAUGGAAGAAAAGGAAAAUGAAGCUAAACAGAGAGAAAGAGCAAAUAAGUUUACAACUAGAACAAUUAUCCAACUAAUUUUUAAGUGUAAAUUAUCCAUUAAAGGUCUAGAUAUUUCAAGAAGGAUUGUAGAAAUUUAUACAGAAAGAACAACAGGCCAAUGAAAAGAAAAAAUGGGCCGCGUCCCGCUGGGGGCGGCGGCAGCGGCGGCUAAGUUCAUCUAGUGUAUUAUGUUUGGCCCUCUUCGGGUGAGUGAGAGAGAGCAUCUCAAAGACAAAUUUUGGAAUUUUAUUUUCUACAAGUUCAUUUUCAUCUUUGGUGUGCUGAAUGUCCAGACUGUGGAAGAGGUUGUCAUGUGGUGCCUCUCGUUUGCUGGACUUGUCUUUCUGCACCUGAUGGUUCAGCUCUGCAAGGAUCAAUUUGAGUAUCUUUCCUUCUCGCCCACCACACCUAUGAGCAGCCAUGGUCGAGUCCCGUCUCUGUUGGUUGCCGUGCUGCUUUCCUGCUGUGGACUGGCGGCUGUUUGCUGCAUCACUGGCUACACCCAUGGAAUGCACACCUUGGCUUUCAUGGCUGCAGAGUCUCUUCUUGAGACAGUGAGGACUGCUCAUUUGAUUUUACGGUAUGUAAUUCACCUCUGGGACCUCAACCACAAAGGGACGUGGGAAGGAAAGGGGACAUACGUCUAUUACACAGAUUUCAUCAUGGAGCUCACUCUCUUGUUCCUGGACCUCAUGCACCACAUUCACAUGUUGUUAUUUGGCAACAUCUGGUUAUCCAUGGCCAGCCUGGUCAUCUUUAUGCAGUUGCGUUACCUGUUUCAUCAGGUGCAGCGUCGAAUUCGUCGGCACCAGAACUCUCUGCGUGUGGUUGGGAACAUGGAGACCAGGUUUGCAGUUGCAACUCCAGAGGGGCUGGCUGUCAACAAUGACGACUGUGCCACCUGGGACUCCAUGCAGGCUGCACGGAAACUGCCCUGUGGACAUCUCUUCCACAACUCCUCUCUUCGUUCCUGGCUAGGACAAGACACCUCCUGUCCAACAUGCAGAAUGUCUCUUAAUAUCGCCAACAAUAAUCGUGUCAGGGAAGACCAUCAAGGAGAGAACUUGGAUGAGAAUUUGGUUCCUGUAGCAGCAGCCGAAGGGAGACCUCGCUUAAACCAACAUAAUCACUUCUUCCGUUUCGAUGGGUCUCGGAUUGCGAGCUGGCUGCCGAGUUUUUCAGUUGAAGUGAUGCACACAACUAACAUUAUUGGCAUUAUGCAGGCCAGCAACUCCCAGCUCAAUGCAAUGGUUCAUCAGAUUCAAGAGAUGUUUCCCCAGGUUCCAUACCAUCUAGUGCUGCAGGACCUCCAGCUGACACGCUCAGUGGAAAUAACAACAGACAACAUUUUAGAAGGACAGAUCCAAGUACCUUUUCCUACACAGCGGUCAGAUAGUAUCAGACCUGCAUUGAACAGUUCCGUGGAAAGGCCAAGCAGUGACCAGGAAGAGGGAGAAACUUCUGCUCAGACCGAGUGUGUGCCGCUGGACCUCAAUCCUCACCUGGAGGAGACACUGGACUUUGGUGAGUUGGAAAUGGAGCUCAGCGAGGUUGAAGACUUCGAGGCCCGUGGGAGCCACUUCUUCAGGUCUGCUGAUGAGAGACAGCGCAUGCUGGUGCAGCGUAAGGAUGAGCUCCUCCAGCAGGCUCGCAAGCGUUUCUUGAACAAAAGUUCUGAAUAUGACGUAGCCUCAGAGAGCUUCCUUGCCUCAGAUGGUGCGUCCUCCGACCCCGCCACUCGAAGGAUGCUGGCUGCCACCACGGAAUGGAGGCUUCAGAAGCAGCAGGCCUCCUAGCGCUCCCUUGCCUUCCUCAGCCACCUUCUGCGGAGGAGGCCUGUCCCGGUGUGGAGAAGCGGACUUGACUGCAUUGCCGCUGUAUAAAGCAUGUGGUCUUAUCGUGUUUAGAC